AUGAGCGACACGCCGCCUCCUUCUCCAGGCUCGGCACCCGAAAAUCCCUGCCCCUCCGGCCCCUGCGAGCCGUCGUCUCCCCAGUCGGCGCGUGCUCUUUCGCCCAUCGUGCGCCUCUUUAACGCCAUCGCCAGCGUCCAUCAGGGCACAUACGCAGCAUCCCCGCGCUUCGUCUCGGAGAAGCUCGACGCCGAGCAAUACACAGCCCUCCACGCGCGGCUCGCCGAGGACAAGGAGUUGGCCUCGUGGUGGCCGGACAAGUUGCGAUUUGACUGGGACGAGACAUCGGGCGAAUUUGUGGUCCGGAUGCCUGGGGUCUUGCAUGAUACUAUUGCUCUGGGCUUGCAGGAUGCGGCCUUGGAGCGGGUGCGCGCAGCCGGCCCUUACCCGCCCCACCUGCAGACCUGUGUGGACCGGUUGCACGCGGCCAGCACGAGCGAUACAAGGCUCCCACAGCUGGGUCGCAAGGCUAAGAAGAGCCCCGCCGUCUCUAUCCGCAUCAGAGACCGCCGCUCCCCGACCUUCAUAGGCGAGGUGGCUACCUCACAGGACACCACGACCCUCGAAAACAAGGCAGCCCAAUACAUUGACGAUUCCGAGGGCAAGAUCAAGACUAUCGCCUGCAUCAAGGUUGAGCAUUGGACCCAAGAUGAAGUGGCAGCCAGACUGGCACGGCCGGUGGAAGAGGCGGACGAAGUUGAGGAAGCGGAGCCGGCACCAGCCGUGCGGGAAGCUUGGUACUGCGUUUUCCGUGCAGUUAAAGUCGAGCAGGCCGAUGAAAUCACACUGACGGUCCAUGAGCAUGGUUGGACUAAGUUUAGGGACAGCCAGAACCGCACUCUCGAUGGCGCCAUGAACCUGCAGCUAUCGGACUUCCCCCCCACUCACAACCUCGCCGCCGACUCUCCAGACAAUCGCGACCUUUCGAUCGAUCAUUCCGAGCUCGUCAGGAUUCUGCAGGAUGCGGAAGUGGAAGAGGCAAACUCGCUUGUUCCCCAGGAUCGGUCACCCAGUCCUCCAGACCGCAAACGUCUUGCCUUCAAGCGGAAGCUCUCAGAUGAAGGCUUGCAGGCCCGGGUCGACGCCUUAGCCAUGGCAGGCGUACAGAAACGGAGGGCGUAG